AUGGGCAGUUCUAUAAAUAUUAAGUUGGAUCAAUAAUUACUAUUUUUUAAUGUUAUUAUCUUUUCAAUGUGGAAUUAUUCUUCUUAAGUAGUGAUUUGUCAAAUCUCAUUGGUUUUCCAACUUAUUAAGGAUUGA